AUGACGGUCCCGCAGCAGCAAACGGACGCUGCUGGGGCCGCUGAAAUUUCGUCUUCCACUUCAGAUUCACAAACUCAAGAAAAACAUUCAUCGACAGCUGCAUUGUCUUGGGCAGAACGCGCAUCAAGGGCUAAAGCAGCAGCAGCAGCAGCACCAGCAACAGCACGAGUUUCUAAGACCCCAACGGGGCCCCCCACUGAGGCCUCACCGGGGCCCCCAAAGGAGCUGAAUGCGGAGGAAUCAAGCGGAAGGAAACCGCAGGAGCAGCAGCAGCAGCAACUAGCUGCUGCUGCUGCUGCUUCUAAGAGGGUCCCAAUCCCCGCUCUGCCGUCGUUUGCUCGCGCGUCUGCUGAGCGUCCUGUGGUCGUAUUAGACGCAGGAGCACUGAUGCGAGUGGAAGCUUUAGAUAGAUAUCGAGACAAAUGCACGUUUAUAACAACAGCAGAAGCUGCACAAGAAGUGCGUGAUGCACUGGCGAGGCAACGCAUUGCAUCCCGUUUUCUUGAUGUCCAUACACUAGAACCCUCUGAUGCAGACAGACGAUGGGCGGAGAAGUUUGCAAGUAUGACAGGAGAUUUUCCUUUUUUAUCUUCAACUGAUUUAAGCCUUAUUGCACUCACUUAUAUGCUGCAAAGGGCAACGGGGCAAACGCAACACCUCAACGCGAAACCCCCAGCUUUUGAGUUCUUUACUGAAACUGCAUUGAUGCAGCAACUGGAAAGCGAGGGAUCUGGACGAGGUGUAUGGACACUGCAGCGCAACAGCGGGCCAAGCCCCCCUGGUGCUGCUGCUGCUGCUGCUGGUGCUGCUGCUAAGACUGCAGCGGCAGAUACAGAUGCAGCAGAAGGGGGAUUACACCGAACCCAACAAACAGAAGCGGAGAACGAAAACGAAUCUGAUAAUGAUGAUGAUUAUGAUGAUAUUGAUGAUGAUGAUGAUGAUGAUGAUAUGGACGAAGAAGAAGGAUGGGUGACAGAGGAUGUUUUGCGGGAACAUUUGGGUCUUGCUGCUGCAUCGCAAGAAAGCAAUCAUAAAGAGACGAAACCGAACGAUACAAACGCAGAAAAUGAUAUAAAUAAAUUAAAUAAAUUAAAUGCAUCAAAAGAAAUAGCUGAAACGGAUGAUACAAAUACAGCAACUGACUUGAAUGCAUCCAAGUCUACAAAUGCAGAAGAUGUAGACAUUUCGCUUUCUAAUGCUUUCAGUGGUUUAGAACUUCGUGCAGAGAAACUAGAAAUAGAAGGUUAA